GUUAAUUUGAAUUCAGAAAUAGCCUCCUCGGCCGUUCCCUUGUGCCCAAACCCUCGACCUCCUCUCCCCAGCAAUGACGUCGCCUUCGCCGUCCAAAUCCGCCGUGAGGGUACCGCUGCUUGGAUCGGCAGCAUGCAGCCCGCCGCCGCACUGGUCCUGCGUCCGUUGCACUCUCUUGAACCCCAGCAUCUCCCCCACCUGCGAUGCUUGCGGCGCCGCGCGUCCCGUGGAGGUUGAUGGUGAUGCCUUGGACUUGGCCACCAUCGCCGGUGCCCCAUUUCUCCCGCUCCGUGGGUGCUCGAGGAAGCGAGGUCGCGCAGCGUCGCCGGAAGUCGUCGACCUGUGUGCUGACGCGGGCGGCGACGUGAACGAAAGGGACGAAGCGACCGCCAAAAAAGAAAAUCCUGUGACUCAUUUGGAUAAGAAGACCAUCAAAAUCAUGACCUAUAAUGUCUGGUUUCGGGAGGAUUUGGAACUUUCCAGAAGGAUGUAUGCCCUUGGAGAUCUUAUUCGGCACCACUGCCCAGAUCUUAUAUGCUUCCAGGAGAUUACACCAAACAUAUAUCUGCUUCUUCGAAAGUCUGACUGGUGGCCAGAAUACAAAUGUUCAUUAUCACAUAAGAUGGCUAUGGAAAGACCAUAUUACUGCAUGCAGAUGAGCAAGUUGCCUCCGAAUUCUUUUGACUGCAUCCCAUUUGCUAACUCAAUCAUGGGAAGGGAACUGUGCAUGGCAGAAGUCAACAUUGAAGGUGCGAUCAAGUUGGUGCUGGCGACAAGCCACCUAGAGAGCCCAUGCCUUGGACCUCCUCGGUGGGAUCAGACUUACAGCAAGGAACGAGUAGCUCAGGCAAAUGAAUCUCUGACGAUUUUGGGGGACCACCGCAAUGUAAUAUUUUGUGGGGACAUGAACUGGGACGACAAAGCAGAUGGGCCGUUUCCUUUGCCAGAUGGCUGGAUUGAUGCUUGGGCUGAGUUGAAGCCAGGUGAAAACGGCUGGACAUACGACACAAAAGCUAAUGGCAUGCUAUCAGGCAACCGCAAUCUGCAGAAGAGAUUGGAUCGUUUUGUCUGCAAGUUGGCAGAUUUCAAAAUCAGCAGCAUCGAGAUGGUUGGGAUGGACGCUAUACCUGGAAUCACAUACUUGAAGGAGAAAAAAGUCCGCAAAGAAGUCCGCAAAUUGGAACUACCUGUAUUAGCUAGUGACCACUUCGGGCUUGUUGUGAGCAUUACCUACCCAGUAUCAGGUUGAAAGCAUAUCUUAUUAUCAGAGUGAUCCUUCAUUUGCUCCGUUGCCCACUUUUGUGUAGAAGCAUCAUAACUAUCUCAUUGAUGCUGAAGUAUGACUGAGGUAGAUAUGAUAAUGUCAGGCUCCGUGGCCCAUUUUGUAAAGUCCCUGAGAGGAGACAUCCGUUUGCUAUAUACUAUGCUAUGGGGAGGUUAAUUCAUGUUUCUACGCGCCACACAUAUUGCUCA